AUUAGAAAUGGCAAUAAUUCAUCUGAAAAUAAUGUCUGUGGAGCAGGGCACUUUGAAUCUAAUAGCAUAUCUAUCAAAACAGAAAAUUCUAACAAUACUCAUGACACCCCUACAUCUGAUAUAACUGAUGACACUUCAAAUUCUGAUCAUGAAAGCAUGGGUAUUGACCCAUGUACUUCUUUAUCAAGAAUUUUCAAUAGUGAAACUAAUACCAAGAGACAUAAAUUGGAACAAACACCUAUUAAUCAAAAAGUUACCUGUAAUCAAAUGGUAGAACAAAGUUUAAUACAAAAAUUAAUUGAGACUAGUUGCAAAAAUAAUAAAAGAGCUAAUGAUCUAGCAAGAGACCAAAUUUAUGAUGAAAUAAUUGAACAUCUUUCAGAAUCCUCACAAAUCAGUGAAGCUGACAUAAUCAAAAAGGAUGCUAAUAAUUGUAUCUUAUAG